UCACCGAGUCACCGACACAACACAGACAUGGCGAGCGAGUCGGUGAGUGUGCUCUUCAAGCUCUACUGUCUGACUGUGAUGACCCUGAUCGCCGCCACAUACACCGUGGCCCUCAGGUACACCAGGACAGUGUCCACAGAGCUCUACUUCUCCACCACCGCCGUCUGCCUGGCCGAGAUCAUCAAGCUGCUGCUCAGUCUCAUCAUGCUGGUCAGAGAGACCGGAGAUGUGGGCCGCUGUCGAGCUGCCUUGGUCACACAUAUAUUCAGGAGUCCCAAAGAGCUGCUGAAGCUGAGCGUCCCGUCAGUGGUCUACGCCAUCCAGAACAACAUGGCCUUUGUGGCCCUGAGCAACCUGGACGCCGCCGUCUACCAGGUGACAUACCAGCUGAAGAUACCGUGUACGGCGCUGUGUACGGUGCUGAUGCUGAACCGCUCUCUGAGCCGCCUGCAGUGGUUCUCCGUCUUCAUGCUGUGUGCGGGAGUCACGCUGGUGCAGUGGACGCCGCCGCACUCCACCAAAGUACAGGUGGAGCAAAACCCGUUCCUGGGCUUCAUGGCGAUCGCGGUGGCGGUGCUGUGCUCCGGGUUUGCAGGAGUGUACUUCGAGAAGGUCCUGAAGAGCUCAGACACGUCUCUGUGGGUCAGAAACAUUCAGAUGUACCUGUCUGGGAUUGCUGUGACCCUCAUGGGCGUCUACAUGACGGAUGGGGCCCGAGUGCUGGAGAAAGGCUUCUUCUACGGAUACACACCCUGGGUCUGCCUGGUGGUCUUUUUGGCGAGUGUGGGAGGAAUGUACACGUCUGUGGUGGUCAAAUACACUGAUAACAUCAUGAAGGGCUUCUCUGCGGCCGCUGCUAUCGUCCUGUCCACCGUGGCCUCCGUCCUGCUCUUCGGCCUGCAGAUCACGUUGACGUUCAUCAGCGGAGCUCUGCUGGUGUGUGUGUCCAUCUACCUGUACGGUCUGCCCAAACAGGACACUACGAAAGUGAUGAAGGCUGGAGCAGAACAAGACGACACACAUAAGCUGAUCUCAGUGUGACAGAACACACAUCACUGACUGAUCCAGGACCUGUGAAACUGACCACAAUACAUCAGGAGGUGCACUGGGAGA